AUGACGACGGCAGCAUUCGGAGAAUGGCGAGGUCCGCGCGAAGAGCGGGACACACCAGAAAUGGGGAUGGGAGAAUUAUGGGACGCGCUCCCGCCGCUAGAACCCCAACCCCCGACAUCGCAGGAAGCUGGACUGGAACAAUACGUUCAGACCAGGAUAGAGCAGGAGCAGAAGAGGCUCCACGAUUUAUACGAAACACAGUUGAGAGAGGCCAAAGAAGAAGUAGACGAAUUGCUAGCCAAGCUGAGGUUAGCUACGUCGAGUUCUUCUACGUCCGCUCCAGCCGCAUCCGCACCGCCGCCACCCACUACGCAGCCGAAGCGCGUAGACAGAACCAGAACGGCUCUCCAGAAGCCUGAGAACUUUGAUGGAGACCGAAAGAAGUAUAAGGCUUUCCGCGAAGCCUUGAUGCUUAAUUUUGAAGAUGACGAAGAGUAUUUCGCGGAUGAAAGAAGGAAGAUCGCUUACGUGCUUUCUUUUAUGACAGGAGGAGCAGCGGCUGCUUUUAGAACAGAGUGGAUGGAAACGAAGAUGGCAAGGAGGAUGUGA